GGGGCGUGUUGACUUUCCGGGGACGGCGCUCAUGGAGGCUCGGGAGUAGCGCGGCGUCUGAGGGGGUUCGCCGGCCGCCGCCAUGUUCGGCUGCCUGGUGGCGGGCAGGCUGGUUUCCAUGAUCCUGGGGUUGUGCCAGCCAGGUGGUCAACAGCCACUUCUUAGUGACUUGGCAACCUCUUCUGCACCCUAUUUUCCUCCUACGCACAUGGGGAGCGAAGACUAUGAAAACAUCAACCAUGUAGUGGUCUUCAUGCUGGGAACUAUACCAUUUCCAGAUGGAAUGGGAGGAUCUGUCUAUUUUUGUUACCCAGACCAGAGUGGGAUGGCAGUGUGGCAGCUGCUGGGGUUUGUCACUAAUGAGAAGCCAAGUGCCAUCUUCAAAAUUUCUGGUCUGAAAUCUGGAAAGGGAAGUCAGCAUCCCUUUGGUGCCAUGAACCUCCCACAGACGCCAACAGUGGCUCAGAUUGGAAUCUCAGUGGAACUGCUGGAGAACCUGGCCCAGCAGACUCCUGUUGCAAGUGCUGCUGUAUCAUCAGUAGAUUCAUUCACAGAGUUCACUCAGAAGAUGUUGGAUAACUUCUAUAAUUUUGCUUCCUCGUUUGCUGUUACUCAGGCACAGAUGACCCCAAAUCCUUCUGAAGCUUUUAUUCCUGCAAAUGUAGUUCUGAAAUGGUAUGAAAACUUCCAGAGACGUCUGACACAGAACCCUCUCUUUUGGAAAACAUAAACUUAACUUCUGUCAUUUGGAGUUCUUUGUGAAGUGUUACCUGAAAGACGUAUCAAAUAACUCCACUGGAGGUUUUUGGAGGGGAGGAGGGGAAAAAUCCAAACAACGAUUAGUCUAAACAGACAAACUAGUAACUUUUAUAUUACUCUUGAACAGUAUUUAAAAUUAAAAUAAAUGAAAAUUA